AUGGCUUUUCAGAGAGGGCUGAGAGGCUGGAAGCUAUGUGCUAUUGUUACUGGCAUUCUCCUCAUCAUCAUCGUGGUAGUUUUGGUUGUUUUAUUCCUCACGGUUUUGAAGCUCAAAGAACCUGACGUUGUGGCGAGGCCGAUUAACCUCGAAAGCUAUGACGUGGUGUUCUUUCCGGCGAUAAGGUUUAAUGUAUCCGUUGGACUUUUGAUCACAGUGAAAAAUCGAAAUUACGGAAGCUUCAAGUAUGGCAAUAGCACAGCUCAUAUCUUCUAUCGUGGCAAACUCAUCGCUGAGGCUCGGUUCAAAGAUGGUACGAUUCCAUCUCAUAAGAAGUUUAACAUAAGAACUUCUAUGGAUAUAUUAGCAGACAGAUUACUACUUGAUUCAGACUUCCUCAAAGAUUUGACGAUAGUUGGAGUUGUGAAUUUUACUUCACACACCGUAGUCCAUGGGAAGGGGAGUCUGUUGCACAUCUUUCAUAAGAAGGGUCAUAGUUAUACCGAUUGUAACAUCUCUAUCGUUGUUGGAUCCCAAAGUCUUGAUUCUGCUUGCACAACCGUGUUCAAGUUAGGGUAA